UUGCGCGCCCGGAAGCAGGAAGUUGUCGGCCUCUCCUCCCCGCCCGGCGGCGGCUGUCCCCGAGGCGGGAGGAGCCCGAGGGGGCGCGGGCCCCGCAUGAAUCAUUGUAGUCGAUCACUUUCCAGUUCUCAGCCACUCAGUUGUGAUAAUCGAGGGACACGGUGUUGUGGUUUCGGAACUGCCAGCUCAGAAUAGGAAAAUACUUGGGAUUUUGUAUGGGAAGACAUGGAUCUUGCUGCCAACGAACUCAGCAUUUAUGACAAACUUGCAGAGACUGUUGAUUUGGUGAGACAGACAGGCCAUCAAUGUGGCAUGUCAGAGAAGGCAAUUGAAAAAUUUAUCAGACAGCUGCUGGAAAAGAGUGAACCUCAGAGGGGGCCACCCCAGUAUCCUCUCCUCAUAGCUGUGUAUAAGGUCCUCAUAACCCUGGGAUUAAUCUUGCUCACUGCCUACUUUGUGAUUCAACCUUUCAGCCCCUUACCACCUGAACCGGUGCUUUCUGGAGCUCACACCUGGCGCUCGCUCGUCCAUCACAUCCGGCUGAUGUCCUUGCCCAUUACCAAGAAGUAUAUGCCAGAAAAUAAGGGAGUUCCUCUGCAUGGGACUGAUGAAGACAGACCCUUUCCAGACUUUGACCCCUGGGGAACAAACGACUGUGAGCAGAAUGAGUCGGACCCCAUCCCUGCCAACUGCACUGGCUGUGCCCAGAAAUUAGCCCUCAAGGUAAUGCUCCUGGAAGAUACCCCGAGGAGAUUUGAGAGACUCCAUCCGCUGGUGAUUAAGACGGGACAGCCCCUGUUGUCUGAGGAGCUUCAGCAUUUUCUCUGCCAGUACCCUGAGGCGACAGAAGGCUUCACCGAAGGGUUUUUCACCAAGUGGUGGCGCUGCUUUCCUGAACGAUGGUUCCCAUUUCAUUACCCAUGGAGAAGACCUCUGAAUAGAUCCCACAUUUUACGUGAGCUUUUUCCUGUUUUCACCUCCCUGCCAUUUCCAAAAGAUGCCUCCUUGAAAAAGUGCUUUCUUCUUCAGCCGGAACCUAUUGUGGGGAGUAAGAUGCACAGGAUGCAUGACCUGUUUACCAUCGGCAGCGGUGAGGCCAUGCUGCAGCUCAUCCCUCCCUUCCAGUGCCGAAGACACUGCCAGUCCGUAGCGAUGCCUCUGGAGCCGGGGGAUAUUGGCUAUGCCGGUGCCACCCACUGGAAGGUCUACAUUAUAGCCAGAGGGGCCCAGCCUUUGGUCAUCUGCGAUGGAACCACCCUGUCAGAACUAUAGGAAACAGAACUGUAUAGAGGAACAGAUUUGAGAGCUGAAGUCGAGAUUGAAAGGGGAGAAAUAAAAACAAAAACAAUGAAACCACUUUCCAGGGGUUGGUUACUUAGUUACCUGCCCUAUGCAUGUGUGUGAGCCAGCUAUGUGUUGGAGGCAGUGGCCAGAGCCCAGCCCUCCUGACUUUUCCAGCCCAGCUGCUUGGCCAGGACUUUGCCAAUACCCGUCUGUCAGAGACUGGGCUCUUCCAGGCCUUUUGGCACCUCAGCCUUGAGGCUGCCCCUCAGGCAGGGAGCAGGAUUGGUGCCUGCCCUCACUUGCAUGGCCUGAUCCCCUCUGCUGUCCCCUGGCCACAGAGAGGCAGUCAGCAUGGCCUGACUUCAGAGCCAUCCUUUACCAGGUGGGCCUGCUUGUCCUGUCUUCCUGGCCACACACGCUGUACUUUUUUGGAAAGCAAUGGCUGAUUAAAGAAGUCGUUGCAGUUUCCCAAGCAGAACAGAAUCUAGAACCAGUAAAAAAAGAUGGGAUAACCUCAAAUUGCACUCAAGAAGUGCACUUCUUUCCCGGAGUCCAGGCUCUUGGACUCUCAGUGAUGCUAGAUUGGAGUCUGAUUAUAGUUGAAAUGGUAAUUCCUACGGUCAUACGUUUCUCCAUUUUAUCAGAUUCGUAUGCCUCCCCCAACUCCCCUCCCUUCUCCCUUGCUGGUCUGGAUGGUUUCUCAGAAGUCAGGCUCCUGGUCCCCCUCCCUUGGCUAGGCCAGGGCCCUUUCCUGCUGAGGCAGCACUGCUCCUGUCAACUGCGUUGCUUUUCCCAAGUGUCCUCAGAGGGAAUGAGUUAGAGUGCUGGCUGGGCAGAGGGUGCCUCCCUGGGUUUGAUCUUUAGGCUCCGACUUUCUGCAGGAAAGAUGUUUUACAGAUGUGUCAAGCUGAUGUUGUAAUGUAGUCGGGGAAGGAACUUCAGACCCGAAGUGUUUGCCAGCUGGGUGUGCAGCUCUGUGAUCCUCUGUCUUAAAAUGAGUUCUCUCUCUGUACUGCGAAACAAGGUGAGGUAUUUUUAUUUUUUGUAAUAAUAUAAAGCUGUGUUCUUUUGAUUGGAUGAUUCAGUAUGUUCAGUGUUUUCCCCAAGUCCUUUUAGUAUGUAUUAAUCAAAUAGUGUAAAU